UGUGUCAUACAGGGACUAUUUUAUCAAAAUGGAAGUCAACGAUAAGUUUUCCCGAAAGAAGUUUAAAAUGUAUGAUUUGGAGGAUUCCUAAACGCUACAAUGUACAUGAAAGGGCUUUCUAAUGAGUUUUAAUUACAAAAUCUUUCUGUGGUUGAUUUAAUAGCGAACAAGUGUUGCAGUUUUUCUCGGGCAUUGUCUUUUUGUUUUUGUUUUGCAUAGACGGAAGUGGAACACUGAAUUAUUCCAAAUUCCUUUCAAUUUAAGCAUCGGUGAAUUCUGGAGAUGAUAAAUGAGAUAAAGUUUUACCUGUCCAGCCAGUGGAGUUUAUACAUGUUGCAGGACUGACAAAUCAAGACUGACCACUGGUCACCAUGGGGGAUGAACAAACUGUAGUCGUAGCCAAGUAUGACUACAAGGCAGAAAACGGACAGGAAUUAGACAUCAAGAAACAUGAAAAAUUAGUGUUACUGGAUGAUUCUAGAGAUUGGUGGAAAGUACAAAAUGCAAGGAACAAAUCAGGUUACGUUCCUUCUAAUUAUGUCAAGAGGUCAAAUUCUAAGGCUUCCAAACUCUUCAGCAGAGUGAAGAAAAAUCUGGCCAGGAGAAACAAAAGUGACACGAAAAUAACAGGAACAAGUCCCAUAGUGAGUCGAAAUGGGGACACAGGAAGUGACGAAAAUAGUAUUAGUAGUGACAUCCAGGCUGUGGAUCCACAACCCGCGAUUGUGAAAUAUAAUUAUACCCCGAAACGGCCUGACGAGAUGGAAUUAUUCAAAGGAGAGCGUGUGAUGGUAUUGGAGAAAUCCAUCGAUGGGUGGUGGAAGGGCAGAAAGUCGGACAAUAUAACGUCUGGAUGGUUUCCAUCCAAUUAUGUUGAUUUGGAACCUUCUGAACAAAAUGAUUGUACUAUGUACUCAACAGCUGCCUCUCUGGAGGAUGACUCAGUGGCGGACUACUCUGUCGACCACCAUCAAAAUGUCCUCGCAUUGUAUCCGUUCCAUCCGGAAAAUCCAGAAGAACUCGGAUUUGAAAAGGGGGAGCGAUUAGUUAUUCUCAGUAAACCUCCAGAUGAUCCAGAGUGGUGGAAGGCCGUGAACAGUCAAGGAGAGAUGGGGCUAAUACCCAGAAACUAUGUACAGACAAUCGAGGUGGAGGAGAAACUGGACGUGGAGUGUGAGACCAAUGCUAGCUCCACCACGCCCCAAUCCCAGUCCACCAGCAGUCUUUCUAAUGCCUCAAAUCUCAGUGUGGUGGGGGUCACCAGUAGAAAACAGUUCAGAGUGUCGGGACCUUUGGCCGACAAAGAGUGGUAUUAUGGGAAAAUUUCCCGACAAGAGUGUGAGGAUAUGUUACGGAAGUACGCUGCCGAGGGGGAUUUUAUUAUACGGGACAGUGAAUCAGCUAGUGGAAAUUUCACAGUAGUGCUUAAGGCUGUAGAGAGAAACAAACAUUUCCGUGUGCAAGUAAACGAGGAAGGAUUGUAUCAGAUUGGACAACAAAAGUUUGCCAACCUUGACGAUUUGAUUGAACAUUACAAGAAACACCCCAUCUUCAAGCAGGAGAGUGAAAAACUGUAUUUAGUCAAACCAUUCACCCUUCCCGCCGAAUUUUGACAUAGGAUGUCUGCUUCUGUUGAUUUUCAUUCUGUGUAGAUUCUGACUUUGUGCACCUGAUGGUCACGUCAAUGUUCUCUCACUGUAUUUGAUAUGAGAUUAUGUGGUAUCUUAUAAGUGUAUUUAUUUCUGUCCUGGUACUUAUUCUGCCUAUACAUGUUUUUUUUAACAUCUUCAGAAGAUUGAAACUCAUAAAAUUUUAUGGUUUAGGGACACAUUUUUUCAAAGUUUUUCAAACCUAAAAUGUUGAUUGGAGAAUUUUCCUCAAUUUAGAGAUUAAGGAUUUAUUAACAGAAACAAGUAUUUAUCAGAAAGAAUUUUUUUUAAGUUGUUGUUAAAUGUACUCGAUAUUUUCUCUGUAUGCAAAGUAUCUUUACUGAUGUUUGAACUUUUUUCACUUUACAUCAUGUGAAUCCAGAUUGGUUAUUUAUCUGAAAAUCAGAAUUGAUGAGUCAGUGAACAGGAAAUAUGUACUAUGUACAUAAGGGGUACUAUGUAUAUAUUGAUUAGGUUUAUAGAUUCUUUGCUAAGCGUUCUCAGCAAUUUUUCAUAUAAAUUAAAACACAGAUUUGUGAGAUCAUUUUUGUCUGUUAUGCCAAGUAAUGCUUUAUAGACAUGAUAGAGGUUUUAAUUUUUCUGAAUUGGAAGAGGAAGGUGGUAUUUACAUGUAUAAGUAUCAUAGAUAAUAGUAACUAAUGUCUUUAUAGUAAACUGUGUAAGUUUUUAGGAACAGGGAGAGUGCUUAAGUCAAGCUUCCUGCCACUUUUUAGAUUUGUUCCGACUUUUUCAAGGAACAUUUAGAAAAUCUGUGCAACUGUGUAAACUUUCUUUGAACUGUGUUACACUGGAAGAAUUGCAAUAUUUCCAUAGAUAAGAUACUACCCAUAUCAUGUUUACUGAGGAGUUAUGUAAAACUAGUUACACAAAAUAAUAAUGCAUUAAACAUAUGUAUAAGUUGUAAUUUAUUAGUUUACUGAAUGAUGAAUGAGAAAGUGUUUGCAAUGUUCAUUAUUAAGACUAUAAUAUCCCUCCCAAGUUGUAAAUGAUUUUAUUCAGGGUCCCGAUAGUCCCCCCUCCCUUAUUAUAUGUAAUAACUCUAGUCAGUGUAGACAAAAUGAUUUCAGAUUUUAUGAUGUACACAGUUUUCACACCCUCUCCACAUUAUGUAUCAUGUACAUAUACAUGUAUCUUUAAAUCUUUCUAGUGAACUUUAGUGCUUAUAUGAGAAUGAAAGAGGCCAUUUUUUGCUCAAAUUGAGAAAAAAAGAAUUAAAUAUUGUUUAUGGUCGUGCUAAUAGAUUUUCAGCUGUGCAUAAGGAGGUUUGUUUUUAGGUACCGUUUGUAUCUGUAAUAUAUACUUAUUUAUUAUGAUAGAAUUAGAAAACUUGGAAUUUCUUACAGACUUUUCAAAUAUGUUGAAAUAUGGAACAUUGAAGAUCAGUUUUAUAAGGGUAUUUUGUUUGUUACAUCAGUAUUUUUACAUAAAUGUAAUAGAUCAUGUCCAGCUAGGUUUGAAUACCAUUAUGAUAGGCAUAAAAUAGAAAAGGAAAUGGAUGAUAAGAUAUAAUUUGCCAUAAAAAUUACAUGUAUAACAUAAUUUAGUUGCUUUAAGGCUUUGACUCCUUCACUCUGUGUAUAGGUACAUUGUAUUCAAACAGAUCGUCUACAACAUGUACAAACUUACUACAAAAAAUCACUUGUUCAUCUCAGGUGCCGUUUUUCAGCAUUUCCUGCAUAUCUGUACAUGUAUAUGGAUGUUUUGGUAUAAUUAUAUAUCCAAGCUUGAGAAAAACUUAAUUUAAAUAUUUUCAACUUUAUCAUAAAUGCUGUUUACAAACAUACUUCUGUUUGUAAAAAGUACAGUGCACAGUUAUUUUGCCUGUGUUAUUUUCGCCCUUUUGCACUUGCAAGCAAUUUUGCCCCAUUUUAAAUUUGCCCAGUCAUAGCUUUGUCAAAGAAAUUUUAAAUCUGACCAACCAUGAAGAGGGCGAAAGGGUCGAAAAUAAAACAAGGAUGAAAAUUACCCUGUACAUGUAUACAGUAUUAAUAUCAUAAUCCUGGUCAAAAAUGGGCACAGCACUCCACAUACAUACCAGUUUUCCUUUUAUCAUUUAAGAUAUCAUUGGAGAUCUUAAAGUACAGUGUACCUCAAGUUCAUUUUACCUUUUUGUGUGUCACACAGAAUAAAGCAUAUGAUCAUCCAAAAUUCUUUAAAUCAGACUACUGACUAGGAUGUCUUCCUUUUUUUAUUCUUUGCAAAAAAGGAAUGACUGAUAUAAGCAGGUUUUUCUUGAUAUAUAAAAACAUUCGCUGAUUUCUCUAUCUCUUGGUUUCAAUUGAUAUACAGAUUUUAUAAUCGAAUAUUGUUAAAUGUAAUACAUAUACUUUUUUUUUCUUUUUUAAAAAGUUAUUAAUUAGUAAUUGGCAGUAUCAAGUUUUUUGUUAGUUUAUGGUUAUCUUAUCGUUUGAUUGCAAGAUAUGAAAUUUAAAAAAAGAACAAGAAAUUUGUUGAAACGGGUCUGUUUUGCUAUUUAAUUGGCCGUGUAUUUGUUAUAUUUGUGAGUAUAUAUGCAGUGAAGUUGCUUGGUUGUCUUUUUUACAGAAGUACAUAGUGUAAAUAAUGUGAGAAUACAUGUCUUUUUAUUUGUUUUAUGAAGUCAUCUGUACUUAAAGUAUACAAGGUACAAAGUUUUAUUUUAAAUAAUGUGAUAUACUAGGACUUGUUUAAGAUUUUAAUGGUAGUUCCUCUAUUUGUUCUCGAAAAAUAGGUUGUAGUUUUUAUGCACUUCAAAAUGGCACAAAGCUCACGUCUUGAGUUAUCCCCCUUGUCAAGGAGUAUUUCUGAUACACCUGUUGUUUUCAUGAAUGGUUAACAUUUGUAAACAGUUGCUGCUUACUCAUUCAGUUGUAAUUGGGAGUUGUGCAUUUAUCUUUUUAGGUUUUAACAAGGACAUUUUGUAUAACUGCAUGACAACUGAAUAAAUUAAGAUAUAGAGCAU